AUGGCAGAAGUCUCCCGGGGGCAACAAGAAGUUGACAAAUCGGGCGCUUCUUCCAAUUACUCAAACGAACUCGAUGUCGAAAGCACCCAAUUUGCGCCUCUUAAGACCAACACGAGCACCAUCGAGAGGCAGAGGCCCCAGGCGAAACGACAAGGUACUACGAUGACAGAAGAAGACCUCUUCCGAGCCCUCUCUCGACGUCGUACGAAUGCGACCAACCAGUCCGAAGCAGGUCAAGAGGAGGAGCAACAAGAGGUCGAACGUCUCAUGUCUAGAAUCUUUGGUCGUGCACGUCAAGAACAGAGUGAAGAGGAGAAGACGAGGCAUAGUGGCGUCGUGUUUCGAAACCUCACUGUGAAGGGCGUCGGGCUGGGCGCAAGCCUCCAACCGACUGUUGGAGACAUUUUCCUUGGCCUUCCCAGAAAGUUCAAGUUGCUCCUCACUCGCGGCCCCAAGGCUGCAUUUGCUAAGCCUCCUGUCCGCGAGCUCAUUAGCCGCUUCGAUGGCUGCGUCCGGCCUGGCGAACUCUUGCUUGUUCUUGGGCGGCCGGGGUCAGGAUGCAGCACUUUUCUGAAGGCUUUCUGCAAUCAACGAGCUGGGUUUGAAUCUGUCGAGGGCCACGUUACGUACGGUGGGAUCGAUGCUAGUGAGAUGGCGAAGAGAUUCAGGGGAGAAGUCAUUUACAACCCGGAGGACGACCUGCAUUAUCCAACUCUGACCGUCAAGAGGACUUUGAAGUUUGCCCUUCAGACACGCACUCCGGGCAAGGAAUCGAGACUUGAAGGCGAAACUCGACAAGACUACAUCCGCGAGUUUAUGCGAGUUGCCACGAAGCUUUUCUGGAUAGAACACACUCUCGGCACCAAAGUUGGCAAUGAGUUUGUUCGCGGCGUCUCGGGUGGCGAAAGAAAGCGCGUGAGCAUCGCAGAGGCUAUGGUUACGAGAGCAUCCGUUCAGGGAUGGGACAAUUCGAGCAAGGGCCUUGACGCCAGCACCGCGGUCGAAUAUGUUCGCUCCAUACGAGCCAUGACCAAUAUGGCCGAGACAUCGACUGCUGUUUCGCUUUACCAGGCUGGCGAGUCUCUAUACGACCUCGUUGACAAGGUUUUACUUAUCGACUCUGGCAAAUGCCUAUACUAUGGACCAGCUGAGGCUGCGAAGAAAUACUUCAUCGACCUUGGCUUUGAAUGUCCUGACCGCUGGACCACCGCAGAUUUCCUUACAUCUGUCACCGAUGAACAUGAGCGUCAUAUUCGCGAGGGUUGGGAAAACCGCAUUCCUCGGACCCCCGAGGCAUUCGACUCUGCGUACAGAAAUAGCGAGGUUUACCGCAGGAACGUCCAAGACGUUGAGGAUUUUGAGGGUCAACUUGAACAACAAAUCGAGCAGCGCCGCCGGUAUGAGUCCGAGAAGACAAAGACCAAAAACUAUGAAAUCCCAUUUCAUAAGCAGGUCGUCGCCUGCACAAAACGCCAAUUCAUGGUUAUGGCCGGCGAUCGAGCAUCACUUUUCGGCAAAUGGGGCGGUCUGGUGUUCCAGGGCCUCAUCGUUGGCAGUCUGUUUUACAACCUCCCAAACACAGCCGCCGGAGCUUUUCCUCGUGGAGGCACCCUGUUCUUUCUCUUGCUCUUCAAUGCUUUGCUUGCGCUCGCCGAGCAAACAGCCGCGUUUGAGUCGAAACCCAUUCUUCUCAAGCAUAAGUCGUUUUCAUUCUACCGCCCUGGAGCCUUCGCCAUCGCUCAGACCGUCGUCGAUAUCCCUCUGGUCUUUAUCCAAGUUGUCCUGUUUAAUGUCAUUAUCUACUGGAUGGCCAACCUGGCGAGAACAGCCUCUCAGUUCUUCAUCGCCACACUCAUUCUUUGGCUGGUCACCAUGGUGACGUACGCCUUCUUCCGGGCUAUCUCAGCUUGGUGCAAGACCCUGGAUGAUGCCACCCGGUUUACAGGUGUGGCCGUUCAGAUCCUCGUGGUUUACACGGGGUAUUUGAUCCCUCCUGACUCCAUGCGUCCCUGGUUCGGAUGGCUGCGAUGGAUUAACUGGAUUCAAUACGGCUUCGAGUGCCUGAUGUCAAAUGAGUUCUACAAUCUCGAGCUUGAGUGCAGUGCACCUUACCUGGUUCCCCAGGGUCCCAAUGCAACGCCUCAGUAUCAAGGAUGUGCGCUUGCUGGAAGCCCUCCCGGUCAGACAAUUGUUCCGGGCUCCAGCUACAUCGAAGCCUCCUUCACGUAUACUCGCGCCCAUCUUUGGCGUAAUUUCGGUUUUCUCUGGGCUUUCUUCUUCGCUUUUGUCGUUCUUACUGCCCUGGGCAUGGAACAUAUGAAGCCAAACACUGGUGGAGGCGCCAUCACCGUUUUCAAAAGAGGGCAGGUCCCUAAGAAAAUCGAAAACAGCAUUGCCACAGGAGGUCGGGACAAGAAGAGAGACGUAGAAUCUGGGCCGACAAGCAACUCGGAAAUUAUCGCGGACAACACCGUCACCAAGGAGAAGACUGAGGAAGACACUUUGGAUCAGGUCGCGAGGAACGAGACAGUCUUCACCUUCCGCGAUGUCAAUUACACGAUUCCGUGGGAGAAGGGUAGUCGCAACUUGCUUUCCGAUGUCCAGGGUUAUGUCCGUCCUGGAAAAUUAACAGCCCUCAUGGGCGCGUCAGGUGCUGGCAAGACAACAUUGUUGAAUGCACUGGCUCAACGCCUCAAGUUUGGCACCGUGACGGGCGAAUUUCUCGUUGAUGGACGUCCUCUACCCAAGUCGUUCCAGAGGGCCACUGGUUUCGCGGAGCAGAUGGACAUCCAUGAGCCAACCGCGACCGUCAGAGAAGCUCUUCAGUUUUCGGCCCUUCUUCGCCAGCCGCGAGAAAUCUCCAAGAAAGAGAAAUACGACUAUUGCGAGACUAUCAUUGACCUUCUUGAGAUGCGCGAUAUUGCUGGCGCAACUAUCGGGAAAGUGGGAGAGGGUCUCAACGCCGAACAGCGAAAGAGACUUACGAUCGGAGUUGAGCUGGCAUCCAAACCCGAGCUGCUCAUGUUUUUGGACGAACCUACUUCCGGUCUCGAUUCAGGCGCCGCUUUCAACAUCGUCCGGUUUUUACGCAAACUAGCUGAUGCUGGCCAGGCCGUCCUUUGUACCAUCCACCAACCGUCUGCUGUUUUAUUUGAACACUUCGAUGAGCUUCUCUUGCUCAAAGCCGGCGGUCGAGUUGUCUACCAUGGCCCACUUGGUAACGACAGUCAGGAGCUCAUCAAUUAUUUUGUGUCCAAUGGUGCUCACGAGUGUCCCCCCAAAAGCAACCCUGCAGAGUACAUGCUCGAAGCUAUUGGUGCUGGAGAUCCCAACUAUCAAGGCAAGGAUUGGAGCGAUGUCUGGGCUCAGUCAAAGAACAGAGAGGCGCGGUCUCGGGAGAUUGAUGAGAUGCUAGCCAAAAGGAGAGACGUCGAGCCUUCCAAGAAUCUCAAGGACGACCGCGAGUAUGCCAUGCCGCUAUCGACACAGACCAUGGCCGUGGUGAAGCGGUCGUUUGUUGCGUACUGGCGCACCCCCAACUACAUCGUCGGCAAGUUCAUGCUACACAUUCUCACCGGUCUGUUCAACUGCUUCACAUUCUACAAGAUCGGCUACGCAUCUAUCGACUAUCAGAAUCGACUGUUUUCGAUCUUCAUGACGCUCACCAUCAGUCCUCCCCUCAUUCAGCAACUUCAGCCAGUCUUCUUACAUUCCCGUCAAAUCUUUCAGUGGCGCGAGAAUAACGCCAAGAUAUACAGCUGGUUUGCCUGGACAACUGCUGCCGUACUCGCCGAAAUUCCUUACGCCAUCGUUGCCGGAGGCAUCUACUUCAACUGCUGGUGGUGGGGGGUGUUCGGCUGGCGCACUUCCGGCUUCACUUCCGGCUUUGCCUUCCUUCUCGUCAUUUUAUUUGAACUUUACUACGUCAGCUUCGGUCAGGGAAUCGCCGCAUUUGCACCCAAUGAGUUGCUCGCAUCUCUCCUUGUGCCCAUCUUCUUCCUGUUCGUCGUCAGCUUCUGCGGUGUCGUUGUGCCACCGAUGCAGCUCCCUACCUUUUGGCGCAGUUGGAUGUACUGGCUUUCUCCGUUUCAUUACCUCCUCGAAGCGUUCCUUGGCGCCGCCAUUCAUGACCAACCCGUUCAGUGCCAGCCUGGCGAAUUUGCAAGAUUCCAGCCACCUCCAAAUCAGUCCUGCCAAGAUUACGCCCAGUCCUACAUUGCGCAAGCUGGUGGAUAUGUUCAGACUGGGGAAGGGGGCAUCUGCGAGUUUUGUCAGUAUGCUACCGGAGACGAGUUUGGCGCAGGCUUCAGCGUCUACUACAGUAACAUCUGGCGGGACUUUGGUAUCUUCUGCGGAUUCAUUGCAUUCAACUAUUUCAUCGUCUUUGUUGGGACUUGGCUCAAGUUCAAAGGAAAGAACCCGCUCAAGUCGGUAAUGGCGAAGACAAAAGUUGGGAAAUAA